GAGAGGGACAGAGAGAGAGAGAGUGAAGAAGAAGAAGAAGGAGGGAGAGUCUGCUGCUGGAGGAGGAGGACGUGGCGCUCCAGAUUGCAGGCGAACGGAGGGCCAGAACAGAAAAACAACAUGAACCGGAGAGAAAGCAGGAGCCACAGGGAAGAGUGCUGCUCCUAACCCAAGGAAGAAGCGGCCUCGGCAGCCCUUGGCACUAUAGCGGCGCUCCUGUUGGGAGGCUGACUUUCAGCACGGUGCAAGCUAGCUAAUCCCGCUCAGAACGGAAGCUUUCGUCGGCGGGUGGACUCGACCCCACCAGCAUGGCCGAGCUGGAGACGGAGUGCAUCGCCUUAGGACUAAACGCUCUGGCGUCCGAGUGCGGCACGCCGCCUCUUGACCCGCUGCGUCCGGAGUGCAGCCCCCCGACCCUCACCAUGCUGUCGUCUUCGGGGUGCAGCACGCCCACCCUCAGCACCCUGACCUCCGAGAUCGCCGAGCCCAUGGCCAUGCUGCCGUGCGUGAAGAGCGAGCCGGACCUGGACCCCAUCCGCACCGUGGACCUGUCCGAGAUCCAGCCGCUCAGCACGGCUGAGUUGGGCUCAGAGCAGAUCAAGAUGGAGAUCAGCGGCCUGGACUACAUCAAGUCGGAACACCACGGCGACCUACAUUCCUUCCACGGCACGGAGCUGGACUCCUACAAGUCGCAUUACGAACCCAGCCUGGUGUUCGACUACAUCACCCACGUCUCUGACAGCAUGGAGUACAUCAAGUCGGAGCAGCACGCCGACCUGCAGUGCUACUAUGCCACGGAACUGGGGUGCCUCAAACCCGAGUACGAGCCCAACCUCAUGUCCAGCCACCUGAAGUCGGAGAUGAACGGCCUGGAGUCCAUCCACAUGGCAGAGCUGCGCACCGAGCUGAACAAGCUCCGCCCCGACGCCAUCAUUGACGGCAUGGGCAAGCUGGACUCCGAGUUUCCCGCGGGCCACCUGUACGAGCUGCAGUCCGCUCAGGUGGGCAAAGGCCCGAACGCACAGACGCAAACCAGCACAAAAACCCACGGCACGAAUCAGCGCAAACCUCGCAACCUCACGGGAGAGAAACCGUUCUCCUGCACGCAGUGCGGGAAGAACUUUAGCACUCUGGGCAACCUGAAGACACACCAGCGCAUUCACACCGGAGAGAGGCCUUACACCUGCUCCCAGUGCGGCAAGAGCUUCGGGCAGGCGGGCAACCUCAAGAGGCACCAGCUCAUCCACACGGGGCAGAAACCCUACACCUGUGCCCACUGCCCCAAAGGUUUCACCAAAGCCGACGACCUCCGCUCGCACCAGAGGCUGCACACGGGCGAGAAACCCUUCACCUGCACGGAGUGCGGGAAGAGCUUCUGCCAGUCCAAGGAACUCAAAGCCCAUCAGCUGAGCCACACUGGAGAGAGGCCCUUCUGUUGCUCGCACUGCGGCAAGACCUUCACCAAGGAGAUGAGUUUCCGCAACCACCAGCAAAUCCACACGGGCGAGAAGCCCUUCGCUUGCUUGCAGUGCGGCAAGAGCUUCAGCAAUUCAGGGGUCCUCAAAACGCACGAGAAGAUUCACACUGGGGAAAGACCUUUUGGCUGCACGCAGUGCGGCAAGAGCUUCGGCCGCUUGGGACAUCUAAAAGCACACCAGCAGAUCCACACGGGCGAGCGGCCGUUCGCGUGCCAGCAGUGCGGGAAGAGCUUCAGCCAGUCGGGCCACCUCAAAGCACACGAGCAGAUCCAUAAACGAGAGCGGCCCGAUCUCAGCAGUGGCAGCAGCCGCAGUAACGAUAGUAGCUAAACACCUCUUAACCUCUCAAAGUAUUACUCUUUUUGUUUUUUUGUUAUUUUUUUCUUUUUUUGUUUUUUUAAAUAAAAUCUACAGUAUAUAUAUAUAAAUAUAUAUGUUUCCUUAUGUUUUCAUACCUUAUGUCCUUUUUGCAGUAUAUUUUCUUUGGGGUCCAUUUGUGACUGAUUUGCUCUUAUGCAAGUGUCUUUAUGUUCGGGGAUCAGUGAAGUUACGUAGAACGCUUUGUAUCUCGUCUGAUCUGUGUUGUAGUGAGUGCCAUUCUAGUUUCUUUCCUCCAGAAAAUACUCACUGUGUACACAUUUAUUGAUAACAUGUAAUUCCUAAACCAUGUACUUCAAUGAAUUAUUAAAAAAACUAAUGUAAAAAAAAAAAAAAUCACUGUUCCUUUUCUUUUGCGGUUUUCUUUGUUUUAAAAGUGGUUUUCGG